AUGGGUUCUCGGCUACAUGUUCAGGUAAUCCACGGCGGACCCCCUCUUCCUUACAAAGAUGAUAUCAGGGCAUUUGGCAAAGAAUAUGCAGAGCAACUAGAUGCACAAGACCCUUUGCGUCGCUUCAGAGACGAGUUUAUCAUUCCGUCGAAAAAGGACCUAAAAAGAAAGACUCUGUUCCCAAACGAUGGUAUGUAUUCGUGUGGACACCCCAUUUGCUUCGCUAAUACAAGCUGUGCCUGCGUCCAUGCUGCAGAAACUGAAGAGACAUCCGAUGAAAAAUGUAUCUACCUCUGCGGCAACUCGCUUGGCCUUCAACCCCGUAGCACCCGGAAAUACAUCGACCACUACCUUCGGACAUGGGCAACCAAAGGCGUAACCGGUCAUUUUGUUCCGCAUGACGACCAGCUGCUCCCUCCAUUUGUUGAUGUUGACGAGGCUGGAGCCAAACUCAUGGCCCCAAUUGUGGGUGCACUAAAAAGCGAAGUAGCAGUGAUGGGCACGUUAACGGCCAACCUACACCUCCUGAUGGCCAGCUUCUAUCGACCGACCCCGGAAAGAAAUAAGAUCAUCAUCGAAGGCAAGGCAUUUCCGAGUGACCACUAUGCCGUUGAAUCCCAGAUAAGGCAUCACAAUCUCGACCCAAAGGAUGCCAUGGUCCUUAUAGAGCCAGAAGACCUUGAUCGGCCCAUUUUAGACACAAAAUAUAUCCUCCGAGUAAUCGAUGAGAAUGCGCAUAGCACUGCUCUGAUCCUCCUACCCGCAAUUCAGUUCUAUACCGGGCAAUACUUCGAUAUUCAAAGGAUCACUGCUCACGCCCAGUCUAAAGGUAUCCUCGUUGGCUGGGAUUGUGCCCACGCAGCAGGCAAUGUUGACCUGCGACUGCAUGAUUGGAACGUCGAUUUCGCUGCCUGGUGCACUUACAAGUACCUCAACGCCGGACCGGGAGGGAUGGCAGCUUUGUUUGUCCAUGAGAGGCAUGGCCGGGUGGACAUUGAACAGGCCGCAUCUGGGAAGGAAGCUUUCCAUCCGCGGUUUUCUGGCUGGUGGGGAGGGGAUAAGCAAACUCGUUUCUUGAUGAACAACCACUUCGUGCCCCAGCAAGGAGCGGCCGGGUUUCAGUUGUCCAACCCAUCGGUUCUGGAUAUGAAUGCAGUAGUGGCAUCAUUGGAAUUGUUUAAUCAAACAUCGAUGGCUGAGAUUCGCAAAAAGUCCUUGAACCUCACAGGAUACCUCGAACACCUUCUUCUCCGUGACCCUCAAACCGAGAAUUCCGAGAAAAGACCCUUCAGCAUCAUCACUCCCUCAAAUCCAGCAGAGCGUGGAGCGCAGUUGAGUAUACGCCUCCAACCAGGCCUUCUCGACCGUGUCCUUGAAUCGUUGAAUGAGGAUGCGGUAAUCAUAGACGAGAGGAAACCAGACGUCAUUCGGGUUGCACCGGCACCUCUGUAUAACACGUAUGCAGAGGUGUGGCGAUUCGCCCAGCUCUUCCAUCUUGCGUGUGAUAAAGCGCUUUGCGGUCGAAAGUAA